GACAACUCCCCCCCUCCCCGGCGGGCGCGGGUAGACUUGUUGUCGUUCUCGUCUUCGCUAUAUUUAUGGCAGGAGCAGCAUCGGCGUAUGCGAGAUGAUGGAUGUCAUCGCCCUCGCCCUCUUCCACCUGCCAGCCUACUUGCCUUUCUCAUCCUGCUGUUGUAGCAAUUGACCGCUUCCCUGGCUCCCCGGCCGAACACACACUCUCUCUCUUUCCCACCAUGCGACUCGCAUUGGCUUCCGUCAACGCCUUCCUUCUCCUCCUCGUCACCUGGUCCCUUUCGGAGGCUAAGCAGCAGCUUGUUCUCCGUAAGAUCGCCCGUGCCAAGUCUAGCUCACAGCACCAGUACAUCCUCGCAGAUGGCAGCGCCCACACUGCGUCCUCGGCCGCAGUGCAAGCCGCCCACGAGCUGCACAUGUCCCAAAUCCCCAACUCUCACGCCUUAGGACACACCAAAGUGCACCAGAUGCCCCCUUCCCCAGCCGCGCACAACGAAAAGAAGUCCAAGAUGCCGCAUGCACCACCGACCAGGAGCGCUGCCCAGCGCGCCGCGGUCUCCUGCAUUAAGACGACCGAGGACGCGUGCGGCGACCCCGACUACACGCCACCGACGCCCAAUCCCUCAACACCGCUCGACCAGCUCCCGGACGCCCGCCCGCCCGCCAAGCAGCGGCGCUUCGUCAGCGCGCUCGUAGAGGCCGAGAUCAAGCGUCUCGAUGCGCUCAUUACUGACCCUGCGUUGAAUCGCAUCUGGAAGAACGCCUACCCCAACACGCUCGACACCACCGUCGGCUGGACAGACCUGCAGCUUGACAUUACUGACCACACAAAGGCGUUCCCCAGGAGCUAUAUCAUCACGGGCGACAUCGAGGCGAGCUGGUUCAGGGAUAGCACAAACCAGCUGGUCACCUACCUGCCCCUGCUGCAGAACCCGCCGCAGGGAUACAAGGCGGGUGACAAGGAAUGGACAAAGCUGUACAGGCUCGCCCUCGGCCUCGUCUAUCAGCAGAGCCAGUUUGUCAUCACCGAUCCGUAUGCAAACGCGUUUGGUCCACCAGCAAACGCCAACAUUGCGCACCAGAAAAACUCAGCCGUGUCUGACCCCAACAGCAAUGGAGGCGCUGAUUGGUUCUACCCCUCGGCCCCAGACAAUGCAGGCUACUAUACGCCCAAGCCCACUGCGUCGCAGCGAAACGUAACUGGCAACGACGGCGUAUACCUGUGGGAGAGCAAGUGGGAGGUCGACUCGCUGGUCAACUUUCUCCACCUCCCCAUCGCGCUGUACAACGCCACAGGCCGGCGCGACUUCGUGAACAACCCGACAUGGCAGCGCGCUGUCCGCUUGGCUGUCGACACGCUGCGCAGUCAGCAGCGCAGCAGCCUAGAGGACCACGAGGCAAACCGUGCGGCACCAAACGUCGCCCACCCGCCCGGCCUGGUCACACGUGCUGACGGCAAGCAGGGCGAGUGGCAGAAGCGCUAUGGCGCGCUCGGCGGCGGCGCCUACCGCUUCCAGCGCGACACACGCAGCUCGACCGAGACCAAGCAGGAUGCCGGCUUCGGCGAGCCGGCCAGCCGCGUUGGGCUCGUCAAGUCGGCCUUCCGCCCGAGCGACGAUUCGACGACACUUCCGUUCCUCAUCCCCGCCAACGCAUACCUUGCCGUCAGCUUGCAGGGUAUCGCGCACGUCCUGCGCGGUGUCGACAGCAUGCAGGACGUUGCGUGCAACGUCGCGGCAUUCGCGACCGAGAUCCGCGAUGCGAUCAGCGCGCACGCCGUCGUGCCCAAGAAAGCCAUCGCGGGUGUGCAUGACGCCGGCGACGUGUACGCGUACGAGGUGGACGGGUACGGCAGCACAUAUCUCAUGGACGACGCCAACGUACCCUCGCUGCUUUCGCUCCCGCUGCUCGGCUACGUUGCUGCGGACGACGCGACAUACCAGCGCACGCGCAGGAUGGUGUUCAGCAGCAAAACCAACAAGUGGUUCUUCGACGGCCCCGUUGGCUCCGGCAUCGGCAGCCCGCACGUCGGCUUCUACUACGCCUGGCCCAUGAGCAGGGCCGUGCAGAUCCUCACGACAGCUGACAAGACCGAGCAGAAGGACGCGCUCCAGUUCCUCAGGAGCACCACCGCAGGUACCGGCUUGAUCCACGAGAGUCAAAACAUCCACGAUCCUGCCGAUUUCACGCGGCCUUGGUUCUCAUGGGUCAACGGCUUGACAGGCCAAGCUCUGCAGCACGUCGGGCAGACUAACCCAGACCUUCUUGCUCAGAUGUACUGAACCGCAGGCUGUCUGCCGUCACACGCCUCUUUGAUGUUCUCUUACAAAAAUUUGCUUGUAACUUAUUCGACAUGCUCCCCCGGGAAAGGAGGGGGUGGCAAAACAUUCGCGUUUCGAU